AAGGUUAAAACAUUUAAAUAGCAAUUGGCUAUUACGUUAAAGAUAUUUUUCUAAUACUAUUUUAUAAGUUAAGAUUGACAGAAAAAUGAUUUUUACGAAAUAUAUUUGUUUUUUUUUCUUUUUAAAUCUCGUAAAAUCCAAUGACCCCAUUCAGCAGUCAAAGCAGAACUUAUUAACUUGUUUCCAAAAUUAUGGUUUGGAUAAUAAGGAAAUCAUAAAUUCUCAAAACAAAUUUACUCGUAAAUUUGAAACAUUUUUAUUGAAUAGGAGUAUAGAUAUUCUACGUUGUGAUGAUUAUGAUGAAAUUAACGAUGUUGCAAAUACUUUGUUCAAGUAUAUUUUUCAACGCGGUCAGCACGGAAAUAUGUUGCGCAACUGUUGUUUAUUAUAUGCUAAUGAACUAACAAAUUUAAAGAAAAAUAAGGAUCUUAUUGAGCCGUAUGAAAAUUUGGUUCGCGAUUGGAGUAAAGAAAAUAAAGUUUUGCCAACGGUACUUCGAGAAGAUAACAUGACUAUAGACGAAGGAUACGAACUGGGGGAUACAUCUCAAAUAAUUGUAUUGGCUAAUGAUACUGAAGAUACUGACCGCAUCAAGCUGGAUCGUUAUAAUUAAGAUUUAUAAAUAUUGAUGGACAACGACAGAUUUGUUUUAAGUGUUUAAAAAAAAUUUAAUUUUUAAAAAUUAUAUAAAACAAUAAAUAGUAAAAAAAUGUCUGUUAUCUACAAUAUUUUAGUAAAUUUUUUAUGAAAUUUCAA